GCCAAAGUCAACGAUUUGGAGACCAGCCUUGUAUCUUCCUUAUUAGCAUUCAGCGAGAAGGAUCACUGCGAUCUCAUUUGCGAGACCCGAAUCCGGCCGUAUAGGCUUAUCGCCGGCCCUUCCGAACUGUUCACGUCACGAAACUCAAAAGGAAAAGUAAAGAAUCAUGCGGCGAUCGACGUUGCUUGAGUCUCGUGCGUCCUUAAGCCAGCAGCCGAUCGGCGAUAAGUCUGCGGAGACCACAGAAGGCCCAGGCUCCUCCGAUGACGAAGAUGACAAGCGCUCAUUUCCUGAGAAUAGCCUACAGGCAUGGUCAUGCCUCCUAGGCUCGUUUUUGAUGAUGUUUCCAUCAUUUGGCUUUCAGACUGCCAUUGGAUCUGUUCAGGACUAUAUAGAUACUCAUCAACUGGCAGACUAUAGCGUCAGUGAAGUUGGCUGGAUCACUGCAGUUCUGGUCUUUCUGACUCUCUUCCUUGGGGUUCAAGUUGGACCUCUGUUUGAUCGGUACGGAUCGAGAUUUCUGAUCAUUGUUGGGAGCCUAGGCAACUUUCUCUGUUACAUGUUGCUGGCACAGUGCUCCCAAUAUUGGCACUUCAUGCUUUGUUUGGGGAUCCUGGGGGGUAUAUCAUCCGCUAUCAUCACCACGGUUUCUCUCGCAGUCUUAAGCCAUUGGUUUUAUCGACGCCGUGGUUUUGCAUCUGGGAUUUGCAUGGCAGGAUCAUCAACUGGCGGGGCUCUUAUUCCUUUAAUGCUUCGCUCUCUUUUCCAGAAAUAUGGCUGGCUAUGGUCCAUACGAAUCGUUGCUUUCGUAGCCCUCGGAUGCUAUAUGCUUGGUGUAUUGCUGAUAAAGGAGCGACUCCCCACCAAAGCUACGACCAAGGCAACUAUUGAUUUCAAGGCAUUCGCUUCCCCACGACUUUGCUUCCUCGCCGUUGCAGUUUUCUGUUUUGAGUUCAUAAUCUUUGGCUGCGCUGCAUUACUGCCCACAUAUGUGCGCUAUGCAGGCAUGUCGGAGGACGUCCAAUUCUAUUCACUGACACUAUUAAACGGGAUGAGCCUAUUCGGAAGGGUUAUUCCAGGGUUUGCUGCUGAUCAGCUUGGAAGAUUCAACACGCUUUUGUCAAUGGUAUGUGUCACGCUGAUCGUCAUGGCGGCCGUAUGGCUUCCAAUUGGGGAUCAAGACUCAGCGACACUAUACGUUGUGGUUGCCAUAUUUGGGUUUGGCUCCGGCGCGUGGUUAUCAUUGGCCCCUGUCUGUGCAGGGCAGCUCUGCCGCACGGAAGACUAUGGUCGAUUCUAUGGCACCAUUUACAGUGUGGCUUCGUUUGGAGUUUUGUUGACGGUGCCCGUCGGCGGGCAACUGCUGCAAUCGACCAGCCCCCAAGUGUUGAUUGGAUUCUAUUCAGCAGUAUUGCUCGUGGGGUUGAUUAGCAUGAUUCUUUCGCGUUGGGCGUUACUGGAUUGGAAGUGGAAGUGGCUAGUUAAGAUUUGAUCGUGCACCCGAUCCUAUUCCUCAUGCCCAUGUUGUAACUCGGGAAUGUUGUCGAACAGCAUGAGCGGGAUCCAGAUAUCAGUUGUCAAAAGAUUCUGCAAUCUUGAAAAAGAAAAUUGAUAAUUCCUGGAAUGAAGAAUUCUUUUUGGAUCUCAAAGACACAUCAUGAGGCUUUCAAGCUCGUUUGUCGGACUAGCUUCGGCGAACCCUCAGACAAGGGUUGAGGUCACUUGGAUACUCUGGGGGGGAGAACCUUGGUCUAAUCUUGCUGGGUUAUAAUAUACAGGAGAGGGAGGUUACGAG